GUCCUCCAGUGCUGCAGGCGGCGCUGCUCGCUUCAUCGUCCCUGCGUUGUGGUUCAGUCAGUGACGUGGAUCUUCAUUGAGGCAGUCAGAAAACACUUAACUGCUGUCUUACUCAGGUCUCAUUGCUUUUCCACGUACUUUCUUCACAUUUAGAAGUUGGGACCACUCAUUUCACUUCCUUCGUUUGUCACAGUUUUGUUACCGCUUUCAUAACAGACACCAGAAUGAGUAAAAGCAGCAAAGUGUUGAACCUGAAGGAUAAAAUCAAUGGGAAUGAGGUGGACCUGAGCCUGUGUAACCUCACCGAGGUGCCAGUCAGAGAGCUGGCUUUAUUCACCAAAGCAACAGUCGUGGACUUGUCUUGCAACAACAUUACCUCCCUUCCUCCAGAGUUCUGCAACCUAACCCACCUGGUGAAGGUGGAUCUGAGUAAAAACCAGCUGACCUGUCUGCCAGAUGACCUGGGGAACCUGACCAGCCUUCAGCAUCUGGACCUGUAUAACAACAAGCUGACUGUCCUGCCUGUUAGUUUCUCUCAGCUCAGGAGUUUGAAGUGGUUGGAUCUGAAGGAUAACCCGCUGGAGGCCGACUUGGCCAAGGCAGCAGGAGACUGUUUGGACGAGAAGCAGUGCAAACAGUGUGCCUCCAAGGUCCUACAGCACAUGAGAGAACUUCAGGAUGAGGUUGAUCGUGUACGAGAGAAACGCCUUUUGAGGGAAAAAGAGCUGGAAAGGAAGAGGGAGGUGAAGCAGAGGGAGCGGGAGGCCAAAGAAAAGGAGGCUCGUAAACGGGAGAAGGCGGAGGAGAAGGAGAAGAGGAGGAAAGAGUACAACGCUCAGAAAGCGGCCAUGGCUGCACGAGAACAACAGAAGAAGAAAAGCGAGGAGAAGAAGAAGAAGAACGGACUAGCAGCAGGUGAGACUAAAGAUAAAAAAGCUGCUGAGAAAACGGCGGCCAAGCCUCGUCGUUCUCUCAUUGGCCUGUUGUUCAAGCUCCUCCUCCUGCUGCUGAUGGGAUUGGCUGGGGUCGCAGCCGCUUGCCGCCUGACCGACCUGCAGAAGGAAGCCAUGUGCGUGCCGGUCAACAUUGCUGUUGACGACGGCCUAUCCUGGGCCAAAGAGCAGGAGGGCGUGGUCAGGCAGCUGGUGCAGAAUAUGUCAUCUGCAGCAAAGGAGUUUCUUGAAUCGACACAAGCAUCCAAGACCUAAACUCUCAUCUGCCACCAUCGACUCCCAGAGCUGCAGGGUUUUUCUCUCCCACCUGUGAAUCCUGGGAUUUUUUAUAUAUUCUCAAUAUCAUUAAGAUGGGCAACCCUGCAUCCCCUCACCCUGUUUGGUGUGCUGGGAGGUGAGUCGGUUUAGAUAAACAAAAGGGGGAUGGACACAUGAUGAAAUCGUCUUAAAUUCCUAUGGAAUUGUUGUCAUUCUUGUACCCUCUUUGUACUACAGCCUGUUUUUAUAAAAACGUCUUAAAUGUCGCCCCAACCUUGGAGUACAGCAUGUGUUUGAGAGAUGUUCAGAGAAAUGUCAGGUGGUCCUGUCUGUGCUGCACUGGAGUGCCGAGUCACAUGAUAACUGCCAGUCAUAGUACUGCUGUUGGAUGUGGCCGUCUGAGCAUGUGCAGCUUUCUGUGGCCUCCUCUGAGUUUAAAGUCUUAAAUCAGUCAAACCAGAUUACACAGCUGAUACACAAGUGGCCUCAAGCAUGAGCAAAUAUACAAACAUCCUGUUUUUAUUUUGCAUCCAUGAUUUGUUUUUAAUUUAGUUAGUGUCCAAUGAUUUCCCGGAAUUCGACAAUUAGAGAGCAAUCUUAAACAAUAUAAGAAAAAAACAUGUUUUUACAAUCUACCAAUUAUUUGACCAACACAAUGAGACGUAACAUCACUAAAGGUUUUUCUUAGUAAUUAUAAUAAUUGGAUGAUUACAUAUGUAACAAAAAUGUUGGUCCAUAAUUCAACCCAGACUUCAGAAACUCUUGGAGGAUGAUGUGUUGAUCAUCUGGAGUUUUCUUUCUCUUAACAGAAAUGUAAGAGUGUUGUUGUAUGAGACAAAAUGUGACUGAUGAGCUUUUAAACGUCCUUGGGGAUUAAAUCGAUCAACAUAGGUUGCAAAUGAUUUUUUCUGUCCGAUAACUCAUUGAUAAAUCAACAUACAGCUAUAGUUCUCAUUGCAUAUGUUUGUCCAGCAGUUUGUAAUGUGUUACAAAUAAAGGUUAUCUGGCAGAGUAUUUUACCGUUCUUUGAGGCUAACUGGUGACUUUGAAAUGCAACGUUUUUUCCAGGGUCUUCUUGCAAAAAGUCUGCCUCUGCUGCUGUGCUUCUUGUACAGCGUUGUCCAUGCUCUCAAAGGUUGUCCGUGAUAAUAAAUGGCUAUGCACUGCAAAA